GGCCGCGGGGGCUGCCGGGUAGGGCCUACGUGCGUUAAGCCGGUCCAGUGGAUGAGAAUGGCCUCUCCACGAGUGAGAACCUCCAGCUCUCGCCUGGCUUCCCCAGACAUGAGGGUAAGGCUUGAGGAGUGAAGUGGAAGCUGACCCUUUGUCUGUGCCCCCAGUGUUCCCACUGUCCUGUGCUGUGCAGCAGUAUGCCUGGGGGAAGAUGGGUUCCAACAGCGAGGUGGCGCGUCUGCUGGCCAGCAGUGACCCACUGGCCCAGAUCUCAGAGAACAAGCCCUAUGCAGAGCUGUGGAUGGGGACACACCCCCGGGGCGAUGCCAAGAUCCUUGACAACCGCAUCUCGCAGAAGACCCUAGGUCAAUGGAUUGCUGAGAACCAGGACUGCUUGGGCUCAAAGGUCAAGAACACCUUUAAUGGCAGCCUGCCAUUCCUCUUCAAAGUGCUGUCAGUUGAAACAGCCCUGUCCAUCCAGGCACACCCUAACAAGGAGCUGGCAGAGAAGAUGCACCUCCAGGCUCCACAGCACUACCCUGAUGCCAACCACAAGCCAGAGAUGGCCAUCGCCCUCACCCCCUUCCAGGGCUUGUGUGGCUUCCGGCCAGUUGAGGAGAUUGUAACCUUUCUGAAGAAGGUGCCUGAAUUCCAGCUCCUGAUUGGAGAUGAUGCAGCAACACAGUUGAGGCAGAGUGUGAGCUGCAACUCCCAGGCCGUGGCCUCUGCCCUGCAGAGCUGUUUCUCCCACCUUAUGAAGAGUGAGAAGAAGGUGGUGGCAGAGCAACUCAACCUAUUGGUGAAGCGGAUCUCCCAGCAAGUGGCUGCUGGAAACAACAUGGAGGACAUCUAUGGGGAGCUUUUGCUGCAGCUGCACCAGCAGUACCCAGGUGACAUCGGUUGCUUUGCCAUCUACUUCCUGAACCUGCUUACCCUGAAGCCGGGGGAGGCCAUGUUUCUAGAGGCCAACGUGCCCCAUGCCUACCUGAAAGGAGACUGCGUGGAGUGCAUGGCAUGUUCAGACAACACCGUGCGUGCUGGCCUGACACCCAAGUUCAUCGAUGUACCAACCCUGUGUGAGAUGCUCAGCUAUAGCCCCAGCCCCAGCAAGGACAGGCUCUUUCUCCCAGCACGGAGUCAGGAAGACCCUUACCUCUCAAUCUAUGACCCCCCUGUGCCAGACUUCACCGUUAUGAAGAUGGAGGUCCCUGGUUCGGUCACUGAAUACAAGGUCUUGGCACUGGACUCUGCCAGCAUCCUCCUCAUGGUGCAGGGCACAGUGACAGCCAGCACGCACACAGUCCAGACGCCGAUUCCCCUACAGCGUGGUGGGGUGCUGUUCAUCGGGGCCAAUGAAAGUGUCUCCCUGAAGCUCACUGUGCCCAAGGACCUGUUGAUGUUCCGUGCCUGCUGCCUUCUGUAGGGGCCGCAGCCUCCCCAGCGCUCUUCUGCCAGUCACCCUAAGUCCUGGCCAGCCUCACCUCCUCUGACCCACCCCAAAUUCCCUCCCCUGCUCUGGACUCCUUGGGU